CGCUGAUGGGACAGGGGAGACACUCACCUGGAGCCGGACUGUCCUCCACAGAUACUGAGUUGACACAAAGGCCACAAAACCAUUAUGAAGAGUCUAAAGGCAAAGUUUAAAAAGACUGAGAGUCAGGACUGGAGUAAGAGUGAUGAGAGACUCCUGCAGGCUGUGGAGCAGAAUGAGCCCGACAAAGUCUCCGCUCUCAUCGUCAAAAAAGGCCUCUGUCCCACCAAGCUGGAUGCCGAGGGCAAGUCAGCGUUCCACCUCUGUGCAUCCCGAGGUCGGCUCGACUGUCUGGAGGUCAUCAUCUCUCACGGAGCAGAUAUCAAUGUCAUUGAUGGCGCUGGCUUCAGCGCCCUUCACCUUGCAGCCAAAAACGGCCAAUCAGAAUGUUUAAAGAGACUUUUGCAGGAAAGAUUAGCAGUAAAUUGCACUGACAGCAUUGGUAGGACACCGCUUCAUCAUGCAGCGGUCAGUGGUUGUUUGGCCUGCUCUGAGACGCUGUGGGAUUUUAAAGCCAGUCUGGAUGUUCAGGAUGGGGAUGGGGCCACCCCACUGAUCUUAGCAGCUCAGAUGAGCAGAGUGGAGCUGUGUGUCUUUCUGCUGGGUCGAGGUGCCAAUGCAAACAUACAAGACAACCAGGGAAGAUCUGCACUGAUGCUGGCGUGUGAGAGUGACAGCGUUGAGACCGUAGAAGCUCUACUGAGAGGUGGAGCCAACACGCAGCUGGUUGACGCCCUUGGACAUAAAGCCAGCGACUACAGUGUAACCACAGGCAACCAACACAUCAUCCAGAUAUUGCAGGAUGGAGUACCUCCAGCUCCUGAGGGCGCGGGCGAGGAGCCCCCCCAAGUACCCUCAGGUGCCUCAUCAGUGCAAGGGGGCACUACCCCCCGUAAACGGAAAGCUCCUCCACCGCCACGCUCUCCUUUGCAGGCAGAAGAUGAGGAGGUGUUUGAGGAGAUACGACGGCUGCGUCUGGAGAGAGGCCGUCUGCUCCAGAAGAUCAAAGCUUUAGAGCAGCAGCAUCAGAGCGCCCUCUCUGCCUUGGAGGAGUUGUCCCAACUAAAGCAGCGUCUGGAGGAGGCAGAGGCAGAAAGAGACCGGCUGCUUGAGGAGCUGAAGGGGGGCCAUGGUAUUGGGGCCAGUGACUCUGAGGACAUGGAUGAAAUGUUGGACUUCCCAGAGAAGCUGCUCUCAAAACGCUCCAGAGCCUCCUCUGCUCAGGAUGAGGCCCCUUCUCAAGGAGACGCAGACUCAGCCAACGCCUCUCCUUCCCCUGCAGACCCAGGAACUGUUACUGAGCUGCGCAAACAAAUAGAGGAACUUGCCUCACAAAACUCUGAGCUAGCUCUCAAAGUGCAGAUGCUGGAGAUGUUUGAGAAGGACGACACAGACAUGCAGACCAGCUCGGACUUUGUCCCCAUCGUUCAGUAUGAGACUCUGAGGAAGGAGUUUGAAGCCCUUCAGGAGCGCCUCUCUCAGGCGCAGGCUUCAGACGAGGCCUCCAGUGUGGCAGAGGAGCGUGGUGAUGACAAGUCUCAGGAAGGAGGUGCGGAUACAGAGAGUGUGGAGGCUCUGAAGGAGAAGCUGCAAGGGCUAAAGGAGCAGUUGGCCUCCUCCCAGUCUGAGCUGGAGGAGCUGAAGGAGCAGAUGCGCCUUGGGGUGCUCUCUGUGGAGUGUGGUGAAGGGGAUACUGCAGCGGCAGGUGCUGGGGCUGCAGAGGGGGGUCCGAGCCAGGAGGCACAGCAGCUGAGAGCGAGGGUGACAGAGUUAGAGGAGGAGCUAGUUAAGAGACAGGGAGAGGCAGGCGGUCGGAGCAGCCAGGACAGUGACACAAUCAAACAGCUGACAGAGAAAGUCGAGGAACUCCGAGUUGCUCUGGCGCAGAGAGAUUCUGUCACAGAAGAAGGGGGGAAAGACGGCGAAGGAAAAGAGACAGAAACAGUGAAGUGCUUCCGUGACAAAGUUGCUGAGUUGGAGGCAGCCCUGGCAGAAAGCAGGACAUCAGGGAAAGAUGGAGGAGCAGCAGGAGAUGGAGGUCAGGUCCGUCGUCUCCAGGAGCGUUUGUGUGAGCUGGAGGGGGAGCUGAGAAAGUGUGUGCCCCGCUCUGAGCUGGAGGAGGUGCAGGUGACUCUGGGGCUCCAGUGUGAGCAGCUGGCCAGGGAGAGAGCAGACGUAGCUAGAAGACUAAACGAUGCUCUCCUUGAACUGGAGAGCCUCAGGCCUCCCCCACGUGGAGAUGAGGAAGAGGAGGAAGAAGAGGAGGAGCAUUCAGAGAGCUCAGGCAUAUCAGAGCACUCCAGACGCACCAUGGCAGCAGUGAGAGAAGAGCUGGAGGUGGCAAGGCAGGAGGCAGCCCAGGCUCUGGACUGUCUGUGUGCAGAGCGGGAGGGCCGGGCACAGGAUGCCCUGCAGCUGAAAGACGCAGUGCCACUCUCAAAACACAAGGAGGCGCUGUCUGCAGUAUCAGAACAGCUAGCUCAGACGCUGCAGGAGCUCCAGGAGGAAAAGACUCUUCGUGUUCAGGCUGAGGAGGAGGCUGCCAGACUAGAGGCCAAACUACAGGCCAUGCAGGAUGCCAUACCCAAAGAGGAGCAUGAGAAAAUCAAGGCGGAGCUCCAGCACUCCCUGCAGGCCAGCGAGAGCAAAGCAGCAGCAGCUCAGGAGGCUCUGAGUGAGAAGGAGAUGGAGCUGAGAGAGCUGAAGUCCCAGAAGGCUGCAGAGCAGGGUCUGAUCUCCAAGGAGGACCACGAGGCCCUACGGCUCUCUCUGCAGGCUGAGAUCAACGCCGCCACAGCCCGUUUCAAUGAUCUCACUCGCAAACAUGAGAAGACCUGCACCGAGGUGUUCCAGGUGCAGAGGGAGGCUCUCUUUAACAAGAGUGAGCGGCAGGUCGCCGAGUCCCAGCUGGCCACGGUGCAGCAGCAGCUGGCUGAGUUACAGGCCCAAUCCAGCCACAUCCAGGAGCUCCACAAGGGCAUCCAGGAAUCCCAGGGCCUGGUCAAGGAGAAGGACCGCAAGAUAACUGACCUGUCCAAGGAGGUGUUUCGGCUAAAGGAGGCCCUGGGAGCUCUGUCACCUCCUCUGGGCAUCACCUCCUCCUCUUCCUCCUCAUCUACUCAUCAUGCUAACCCCGGGCAGCAAAUGGCGCUGCAAAACAGGAUCUCCAUACUCACCCAACAGCUCCAGGACUGGGAGAGAAAGCACAAACAGGUGGUGACCGUGUACCGUUCGCAUUUACUGGCAGCUGUACAGGGCCGAAUGGAUGAUGAGGUACAGAGACUGCUACUCCAAAUCCUGAGGAUGUCACAGCAGGGACACUGAACCUUAAAACAUAUGCAAGUCUCUCUCUUCAUCUCCAAUCCCUUUACAGGUCAGCAUGAAGCAGCUUCAGCUCAGCCACCCGUGGGAUCAGCAUUGCAGAAAGCCAAAAACAACUGAUCUGUGUUCAGACAUAGCUGCAUGUGUAACUUAAACAAUAGCCACAAGCUUGACUGAUAAGCAAACAGUGAAAAAAAUAGAACUGUAGAGUGCCUUCAUGGCUGGGUAAGUGAAAUGACAGCAGCCUAUAAGUCAGGGUUUUUUGGCAACAGGAAAUGAAUGUGAAUAGAGAGUGGUUAUUUAAAGGAUAAACAUAGGAGCAUUGGUUGUGUGAUAAAGUUAUUGAUUUUAU